AUGCGCUUAACCGAAUUGUCAAGUGAGAGUAAUCGUGUUGAGGUAGUGAACUUAUCGAACGUAGCCAGUUCGGUUGAGCCAGCCGUUUGGUUUAUGCUGGAAGUUUUUGGGUUGCUCCAUCAUGUGCUCGACAUUGGACUGUUCGUGCCUCGAAACGAUGCGUAUUCAAUUGGGACAUCGCAAAAGAGCGCCCCAGAGGAGUAUCACCAAGUGAUAAUGCGAGGAAGCAUUAAAGCGCGAGUGCAGAAAAAGUCUGAUGGGAAAAGAGAUGCAGCAAACUUGAAAUACACAGAUGGGGGCGCAACUUGA